GUAAAUAGGUUUAAUAUGAUAAAAAAAUACAUAUCAUCUAUUUUUGCGUACUUAUAAUCCAGAAUUAAAUAAUGGAAAGAUUACUAUUCUUGUUUGUCACUUUUUUAAGUUGACUCCACAAUAUCUUGUAUAAAGUGGGAAUAACAAAAAUGGUGAUUU